AUGGCGUUGGUGUGCUGGGCGGUGUCCAACGUCGGGGCCAACUUCAAUGGUGUGCAGACAUCGAAACAAGCGUACUUUUUUGGCGUCAAGGCACCGGCCGACAUCCUGUGCCACUCGCAGACGCUGCUGAAGGGCUCCACUCUGCCGCUCGACGUGUCCUUCACUAAUCCGACGGCGGCGAAGAACAUCGACUUCAUCACGGUGGCCGCGGACAGGCUCUCGCAGUACGGCUACACGGCGGCCAUUAGCUCCGGGACCGUGGGAUCGACGCCUGCUGUGACGGUAAAAAUCACCGGGAAAAACGUUCUACCCUACGCCAUCCAAGUAAAGUUCUACUGUGCUACCUAA